AUGUAUCAUUCAUUAUUAUGUAUUACUUACCCUCCAAUUAGACCUCCAAGCAUAUCUCCACCGAGAAAAUUCUCCAAAAGAUUACCCACCAAAUCUAAUCCAGGCAAGCCACCAUCAAGAAGACCUCCAAGCAAGCCACCUUCUCCACCAAGAAGGCCUCCCAGCAAUCCAUCAUCUCCAAGAACACCUCCAAGCAAGCCACCUUCUCCACCAAGAAGACCUCCCAGCAAUCCAUCAUCUCCAAGAACACCCCCAAGCAAGCCACCUUCUCCACCAAGAAGACCUCCCAGCAAUCCAUCAUCUCCAAGAACACCCCCAAGCAAGCCACCUUCUCCACUAAGAAGACCUCCCAGCAAUCCAUCAUCUCCAAGAACACCUCCAAGCAAGCCACCUUCUCCACUAAGAAGACCUCCCAGCAAUCCAUCAUCUCCAAAAACACCCCCAAGCAAGCCACCGUCUCCACCAAGAAUACCACCCAGCAAUCCAUCAUCUCCAAGAACACCUCCUAGCAAACCACCAUCUCCACCAAGAAGACCUCCUAGCAAACCACCAUCUCCACCAAGAACACCACCCAGCAAUCCAUCAUUUCCAAGAACACCACCAAGCAAGCCACCUUCUCCACUAAGAACACCUCCCAGCAAUCCAUCAUCGCCAAGAACACCUCCUAGCAAACCACCAUCUCCACCAAGAACACCACCCAGCAAUCCAUCAUCUCCAAGAACACCACCAAGCAAACCACCAUCUCCACCAAGAACACCUCCCAGCAAUCCAUCAUUGCCAAACACACCUCCUAGCAAACCACCAUCUCCACCAAGAACACCUCCCAGCAAUCCAUUAUCACCAAGAACACCUCCAAGCAAACCACCAUCUCCCCCAAGAACACCUCCCAGCAAUCCAUCAUCGCCAAGAACACCUGCUAGCAAACCACCAUCUCCACCAAGAACACCACCCAGCAAUCCAUCAUCUCCAAGAACACCACCAAGCAAGCCACCAUCUCCACCAAGAACACCUCCCAGCAACCCAUAA